GUUGUUGGGUGUAUACAUUUCCUGUCCGGAGCCAUUUGUUGGUGCAUACGACAACAACACAAACACGGAAGCAGUUGACAUGACACGGCUAAAGUCGCGUUAAACCACAUUUUUUUUUACAUUUGUGAGUGUAAUUUUGAGCUUUUAUCAUGGACGACCAAGAGAUGCAGCUUAAAGUCAGACGAGUGAGUGACAAAUUUACGGAGAGCAUGUACGUUCUGGCUAAUGAGCCUUCCGUGGCUCUGUACAGACUGCAGGAACACGUCAGGAGGUCACUGCCUGAACUGGUGCAACAUAAGACUGACAUGCAGAGCUGGGAGGAGCAGAGUCAAGGAGCAAUCUACACAGUGGAAUAUGCUUGCAGUGCUGUGAGAAGCAUGGCGAACAGCAGUGUGUAUUUCAAAAAUAUCGACAGCCUCCUCCGGCAAGCAAUCAGCAUGAAGGAGCAGAUUAGCACCUCUCAGGGACGCCGUUUGCAUGAUUCAACACCUUCAACCAGUCCCCAUCUUGCUGCUUCACAUACCUCAGCCAAGUCCUCGUAAUGGUGCUAUUCAAGAAAACGGACCAUGGAUCCAGCCUUGCCAAGGGAUGGUGGAGACAGGCACAACCCAGGAAUGUGACAACACUUUCCAGGCAUUUCUAAUUCGCUCUACUACCUUUUUGGUUGUAGACAAAGCAAUGUCAUAAAGAUCACUGCUUCUGAAACCCCACAUCACACCCUCAAGCACAAGCUGCUCAUGGAACAGAGGACCCCAGCGCUGCCAGGUUCGGAAUUAAAAACACUUAAGUCAUGGACGCGCUCAAAGGAAGCAUUGUUCUCUUGGGGCUUGCUGGAUGAGAACAGAAGUGCUUGUUUUCUCUGCCGGACAUUCAUUUUCAAGGAUUCACCAUUUAAAAUCACUGUUUUAGUUCAUACCUGCCAAGUAGACACAAACGCCAAGGCAGAAUAGUCCGAUUGCCACAUGACGCACGGCUCUGCUGUCCAAAAGGUACCAAUUUGCUCUGUGGAUACAAAUACACCUUUACAAACUAGCUUGCAUUGCUAGCAUUGUACCUGCAUUUAUUGGACAUUUUGGUCAUAAUGGAUGGUACAUUUUAAUGUUCAAUACUGUUCACCAGAUGGUGGGGGCAAGCAGCUGAUUUUGUAAGCUGAUGUGGGAAAGGGCUGCUGUGUGCUGACUAGUAAUGAAAAGGUUAUUGUUUAGACUGGCUUAUUGGAAUCGAGAGGUGGAGGGCAUUAUUUCUGUGUGGGUCAACGCACACCCUUUCAACUUUUAUUUGCUUUUAAAAUCCCACGGUUACCCAUUUUCAAUCCAUUACAUUUAUUGGAACUACUUUGUGGUGUGUGUACACAGAAAUGAUCAUGCAACUUUGUGGCAUUCAUGCUAAAUAAAUAUUUAUG